CAGGCACCGCGUGAGAAAGGGCAGAUUACAUGUUGUAAUCACAAUCAUGGGAAAGCACUGGCACACGGUGAUUCUGUUGAGUUUCUGGUACCUCCAGACUCUUUAUGUAUCAGCUUUCAAUCUGGACACCCAGAGUGUGCUGCAGAGAAACGGAGAUCCAGGAAGCCUGUUUGGAUUUUCUGUUGCCUUCCACCAGCAGUUGAACCCGGCCACAAAGAACCUAUUGCUGGUCGGAGCUCCACAAUCCAAACACCAGAACCAAGUGAAUGUUACAGGUGUUGUUUACCAGUGUGAUCUCUCUGCAACAUCCGAGCGCUGCCAGCCCAUCGAGUUUGAUAAUGAAGAGUUUCUCGACAGUAAAGGCAUAAACAACCAGUGGAUGGGAGUUAGAGUGACUAGCCAAGGUCCUGGUAAAAAUGUGAUGACUUGUGCUCAUAAAUACCAGCAGUGGAGCCCGAGCCCGGGCCCUUUUAUGCCCCGCUUGGUGACGGGUCAGUGUUACCUCCUAGGAGACGACCUGCAGGUCGGGAAGGAGGACAGGAAGUGGAGGAGGGUAGUUUGUGACGAUGAGCACCUGACCCGACGUCAGAAGGACCACGAGUGGUUUGCAUACUGCCAACAGGGUCAUGGAGCAUCUUUUGCAAAGGACAACACAUCUCUGUUAUUUGGAGCACCAGGAGCGUACCUGUGGAAAGGAAUCGUACGAAUGGAGCUCUUAGACAACCUGGACAUCUACAGUGCCGAUCCUCGUGAGACUGGAGAUAUUGACGAAUUAAACCCGAAACUUAUUCCUCUCCAAAGAGACAGCUACCUGGGAUUCUCCAUUGACUCUGGUAUGGCCCUCGUCAGACAGGGUGAGCUCACCAUCGUAUCAGGAGCGCCCAGAGGAGGUUACAGCGGCCAGGUGGCCUUUCUUAAAGCCGACCCUGUGGCACAGAGAAAUCUGUCUGUGGAGUUGGUCCUCUCUGGUCCGGGUCUGGCCUCUUCAUUUGGCUACGAUGUGGCUGUGGUGGAUCUCAAUGGUGAUGGGUGGGAUGACCUCGCUGUAGGAGCGCCAGAGUUCUUUGUUAAAGAUGGUUUGAUUGGAGGAGCGGUCUACAUUUAUAUCAACAACAACAAAGGAAAAAACUGGGACAAGAUUGUUCCAACUCAACUUCUUGGACAUAAAGACUCCAUGUUCGGCCACGCAGUGGAAAACAUAGGAGACGUCAAUCAAGAUGGUUAUGGAGAUAUUGCCGUGGGGGCACCGUAUGACGGUCCUGGUCGAGUAUACCUUUACUACGGCUCAUCAGGUGGCAUCAACAAAAAGCCAGCGCAGGUCCUCUCAUCGGGAUCCAGUAAAGUUACUCUGUUUGGAUAUUCUCUGUCUGGCAACUUGGACGUGGACAACAAUCAGUACCCUGAUCUGGCUGUGGGAUCUCUGUCUGAUUCUGUCUUUGUGUUCAGAUCGAGGCCGGUGGUCAGUGUCAGCAGCUCUCUGAGGUUAACACCAACUGAGAUAGACAUCACGAAGGAACAAUGUGAUAAACGCACAUGUAAUUUUGCAGUUCAGGCAUGUUUUACCUACACGACGCAUCCAGCAUCAUUAAACCCUAAAUUGACGCUCAACUACACCUUCGAGGCCGAUGCUGAGAGGAGGAAAGUGAGGCUUCCUCCCAGAGUGGAUUUUCUGGGUUCGCCUCGAGGAAAACUGGAGCUGCCUGGACAGAAGAGACAAAUCUGUACCAACACCCAACUCCGACUUCUGCGUGAUAUCAAGGACAGACUGCACAGCAUCCCCGUCUCCAUCACUGUGUCGCUGUGGAGCUCCAGUCAGACAACCAGGAGGAUUGCCGGUCUGCCCGACCUUACUCCCGUCCUCAACCUCUACCAGCAAAAGAGCACCGUCUCAGAGAUUGUGUUAAUAAAUAAGGGCUGCGGCCGGGACAACAUUUGCCAAAGCAACCUAGAGUUACAGUACAACUUCUGCUCCAGGGAAACACAAAAUAAUGAAGAUGUUUUCAAAUCACUCAACAGAGAAGACGGUGUUGCAGUCAUCACUCCGUCAGAUGAAGACAUAGCUCUGGGGAUCACCGUGACAAACAGAAACGGGGACGACGCUCACCAGAGUCACUCAAUCAUCAGCCUCCCAGAGACUCUACAUUACUCCUCCAUCGUCUACAGCACAGCAACAGAAACACAAGUGACUUGUACAGCCAAUGACAAAGGAACACGGAUAGACUGUGAACUGGGAAACCCGCUCCAAAGAGACGCUGAAGUUACUUUUUAUGUCAUACUCUCAACACACGGUAUCUCACUGAGUACAAAAGACGUCAACGUCACUCUGCAACUUGAAACGACGAGUAUGCAGACGAUACAACCAGUUGAGGCAUUAGCCAAAGUGGUGUUUCAGCUGGAGCUGCAAGUAUAUGGACUGGCCAGGCCGUCUCAAGUGUCACUGGAGGAAGACUUGAGGGGUGAGAGCGCCAUAACAUCAGUGGAUGAAAUUGGAACUCCGGUUCAAUAUGAAUUUAGGAUAACAAAUUUGGGCAGAUCACUGAAAUCUUUUAUCAAUGCAUCGCUAAACAUCGACUGGCCGAAGGAAAACUCUGUAGGAAAAUGGCUUCUGUACUUGACUCAGAUCAGCAGUAAAGGUGUGCAGUCGGUCCCCUGCUCACCUGUGAACGAGGUCAAUCCGCUUCAACAUGUAAAGGGUUGGCAUGAGCCCUCGAGGACAAGACGUGAAGCUGAACAUGAAGCUCUCUCUACUGAUGGAUUUUCUUUUCUUCCAAAAAGAAGGAAAUAUAAAACCUUAACCUGCUCAGAUGGACUGAAGUGUGUGCAGAUCCGCUGCCCUCUGCUGGGUUUGGACAGCGCUGCAGUGAUGCUUCUGCAUUCACGCCUCUGGAACACUACUUUUACAGAGGAUUACAGCUCUUUGAACUACCUAGACAUCGUUGUGGAUGCUACUCUCACUUUAACAAACUCUCCAGAGAAUAUUGGAAUUAAUCCAGAGAAGCUUGGGACAAAGGUAAGACUGACUGUGUUCCUCAAGAGAAAGGCUGCAUAUUUCACCAAAGUUGCCUGGUGGAUAAUCUUACUGACAGUCGUUGCAUUGCUCCUGUUGUUGGCAGCUGUUGGCUUCUUGUUGUGGAAGCGUGGCUGCGUCAACUGCCUCGCUCAGAACAAGAAGCCCUCACAUGACGGAGAUCCAAACUCAGAGACAGCUCACCUUAAAGGCUAAAAGGAGCAUCAGCGGUAUGAGACACAUCACCAUGAACACAAGCUGAUAAGGACUCAAAUACUAUCCACUUCUGGUGCAGAAUUACAUGAUGAUACAGGAUUUGUUGAGACAUUUUGAUGCCAAACUCUUUUUCUAUUUUAGUUGCAUGUUUUUUUGUAAAAAAAUAAAUCACAUCAACAUACUUUUCUUGAUUCUUUUUUUUUUUUUUAAUGAAGCAGAAAAUAUCACUUGUCUGAUACCAAAAAACUGUUA